CCUGCUUGGACUUUGCAAACUGAACAUUCAGUAGAAUAACGCCUUCUCCUUUAUCAUUUUUUGUCAUACCGAACGCUUAAGGCUCAACUGACAGGCAAAAUGUCUCCUACGCAAAUUGUACGAGUCCCUCACCUGGGGGGGAUCGAUGCUUCUUAUCAUAUGCCCUACCCAUAUGACGCAAAGAAGCCCACGCUUGUUCUCGUCAACUCCUUCACCACCUCCGCGGAUCUCUACCGAAAACAAUACGAGGACAAAGCGUUGACGGACUCUAUGAAUCUCCUGGCCAUAGAGCUGCUUGGCCAUGGCCAAACACGAACCAAGCGUGAGAAUUGGACCUAUUGGGAUACUGCGGAGAUGAACUUGCAGGUCUUGGAUGCCCUCGGCAUCGAGAAGGCCUUUGUGCUCGGUACGAGCCAAGGAGGUUGGAUCACUGUCCGAAUGGCGCUUAUGCGACCGGAGAAGAUCCAAGGAAUUAUUCCGCUUGGAACCUCGCUGGACUAUGAAUCUGAGCGCACGCGCCAGCUCAAUUGCUGGAAUGGCCCUGGGCUCCUGCGCGCCAAUAUUACAAAGUGGACUACAAACGAGCCUUCUCCAGACUUUGAGCCCGACACCGCGUACUGUGACUUCCUUAUCGAUAUUGGUUUUAAUGAAUGCGCCUCGGAGCUCCGCGAAUUUUGGCGGAAGACGAUCAAGGCCAAUUAUCGUGGCGAUGACGGCCGUCGACGUAUCCGAAUGGCAGCCAUUAACCUUGCUGAAAGAGAUGGGCUGCAUUCCCGCCUGUCCGAUGUCCGGUGUCCGGUGCUGUGGCUACAUGGCACCAAAGACGUUGUAUACUCGGUUGCAAAUGCUCAAGAGGAGGUCAAGAUGUUCGUGAACUCUCCGGAUGCACAGUUAGUGACGGUGGAAGGCGGGGCUCAUUUCUUGAGUGGGUCUCAUCCGAACGAAGUAGACAACGCCCUGAUUGAAUUUGUGACGAAGUACAAAUGAUAUCUUAAGAUUGAUUGUGGAGGGGGGGUAAUGAACCACGGCGGCUGUCAGCUAUUUAAAUAUUUAUGGCUUGAAGGAUGUUAGGUUAUAUUUAAGAAGUUCCGGCCAUGACCGAGGAUUAGUCUCAUGGGAGGAAGUAUAUAAGUAUGAAAAUUGAG